GUCCUCGUGAAUAACUUAGGAAAUUUAAACAUUAAUUGCGAGUUUUGGGAUAAUGGCUGUCAGGAAGUGAUAAAGUUAGAGGACCUCAUACAACACACCGCCAUCUGUGAGCACAAUGAGGCAAAACGUCCGAAAGCGUGUGACGUAUGCUAUUGUGACAAAACACGUGAUCACGACUGCGUAAAAGCACUACUCGUAGUCAAGUGUAGCGCGAAUAUCGAAAUAGAUUUCUUACGUAAAACGGUGACAGAUAUGGAAAGUGAGAAAGAUCACAUGGUGAUCGACGAGAAUUGCAAAAAUAAAGACGAUGCUGCAAUUGAUACUACUCAAUGGCCUGAAGAUUUGCCUGGUUCUCAUUACUGUCCUAUGUUGGAAAGGGAGGGUGGGCUACAAGUAUUGAUGGAUUUAAUUAAGAGGACAGAUGUGACGCGAGAUAUCAAAAUGUUAGCGGCCUUAACAUUAUAUCAGUGCGAGUUGGCUAAAACUGACCAUGCUGAAAUUAAUAGUAACCUAGAUUAG